AUGUUCAUCCUGAAGACCCAUAUGAACUCGACCACCGCGCCUCCAGCUGCCUCGUCCCCGGUCACUGUCAAGUCCGAAGCUGACCCAAAUUCGGCUAUUCUCGGCGAAAUCCUCAAGCUCCUUGUGGCACAGAACGCUGCACGCCUAGGCCCUGCGCCCGCCGUUUCAUCGACCACGCCGUUACCCUCAUACCCUGCGCCUCCACAACGCGAAAUAUGGGCUGUCCGUACCCGACAACAAGCCCGUGCAGCAAUCGAAGCUGGCAGUCGAUCUGGGGAUCCUGUCGAAGCUCCUGAACAGAAUAUUCGCUCGACACCACCCCCAGCUCGUAUUCCAGCCCCUGCUGUCGUUACACCGGCCCGUGCCCCGGUUUCAGCUCCGGCCCCUGCGCCCGCUAUUUCUCCGACCAACGCGGUGCCCGAGCAUCCAUAUGCACGCGCAAGAGACGCCGCGUAUGCGCCACCACAAGACCGCAAUUUUGGCGCGCGAGUUCCGGCCCCAAUGGCCAAGAAAAACGAACCAGCCUAUCGCUCCUCAGCCCCAAUUUAUGACGAGAAACACGCCGACGCUGUAUUUGGACGCAUAAUGGACACGAAAAUCGAGAACUCAGUCCAGGAGUUGAUGUCCAUUUCCCCCGAGCGCGGCCCCGCCGGUCUCGACGAACAUUUAUGA